CCCCUACCUGCCUCAACCCUUUCUUCCAACAACAACAACAACAACAACAACAACAUGGCGUCCUCUCACAGUGUUCCCCGCGUCCACAAUGUCCACCUCCUCGAGUUGCAACGCAUGCCACACGAAGUCAACAUACGGCAUCGCGGAGAAGACUGGGCAGGCAUAACCGAUCCGAAAGAGCGAAAGAAGCUGCAAAAUAGGUUGAAUAAACGAGUCUCAAGACAGAGAAAAAGAAGACUUGCCUACGACAGUGCCUCUCCCGGCGCCGUAUCCCCGGGUGCUGCUUCCCCCGACGCCACUUCCCCAGACGGCGUCUCGACGAUCAUUCUUCCACGAUUCGACGCAAAAGCCUCCCCGCUCGACAACCUCAUCACGACAUUUAGCCACUGCUCAGAGGAGAAUGUCUCGCAGAAGCGCGCUAGGCUCAAGCGGUUCGCCGAGCAAGCCCUGACGAGUUAUUUGACGGCCGACCCGUGCGCCGACCAUCACCUGAAAGUCAUCCAACUCAACAUCAUCAACGGCUUCACGAGAAAUGCGGCCGCGCUCGGGUUCAACUUCGACUGGCUCAUAUGCGACUCCAUCUCGCCAUUCGGUCGGGACGGGGAGAGCUCCAAGUCGGGUACCACCGCCAUCGCACCCUCUGUGCCGACGAGCCUUAGGCCCACGAACUUGCAGUUGACAACGAAGCACCACCCGUGGCUUGAUCUGUUCCCGUUGCCCAAGAUGCGGGACAACCUGCUGAUCGCCGCAAGUGUCUUGACGCCCGAGGACGAGCAGCGACUCUUUGAGGAUGUCAUGGAGUCUGGUGGCGGCAAGAACGAAUGGGCUGGGCUCGCGGUUUGGGGAGACCCAUGGGAACCUCAAAGCUGGGAAAUCAGUGCUCCGUUCCUGCGAAACUGGAAAUGGCUGAUACGGGGUUGCCCGGAGAUUAUCGUGUCUACGAAUCACUGGCGGAGUCAGAGGGGUGAAAAGCCGAUUGGCAGCCCAAGUGAUGUUCUAGAAUAGCAUGAUUGCCAACCAGGGGCUUAUGAGUACAUACUUUGUACGAUCCGAUCAAUUAUUGGUGGAUUAACUCGGCGAGGAGCAAUGAUUUUCGUCUGUAUUUCUAUAGAACAACCCAGAAAUCAAUCAGUUCAUGCAAUGCAACAGUAACAGUAUCCGUGCGAAAAAGCAGGGACUUAAAAGUUACCUUCGUAAGGUACCUUCCACAUUCGUGGUCU